GAGGAAAAGAUUCAUAAGUGUUCUGCUAGAUUUUAAACUUCAUCGUUACCUGAUUGAGAUUACUAUUUUUAGAAUGGGAAACACUUGAAAAGUGGUGUCUUUUUAAAUGAAAAGUUAAACAUUUGUGUUGAAGGACACAUGAUUUUUUUGACAGAAUUCACAAUCUAGGAGGAAGUUGUUUAUAAGCAAGUGAGCAAGUAAUGUAAUAAUAUUAGUUAAAGAGUCGCCGUUAUCUAAGCAAGUAUGGAUUACAACUGGAAAUUAGUCUUAAUUGUUACUGUCUUGCUAUAUGCCGGAAGUAAGAACAGCAGCGCAAAGCAAUCUCCAGUUCCAAUUAAACAUUUUACACCGGAAGAAAUGACACCUAUCUUUGAAGUGAUGCGCAUGUACGGGGAACUUGAAAGAAACAAAGUCAACAAUAAAAUUAAUCAACAUCUUCUUAUUUCAAUUGUGUCCGAUGACGAAAUUGACCAAGCCAAAAAUUGGGGAGGAUCGUUUCCGAAACAGUUUAAUAAAGAACAGAGACUUCGUUUUCUCCUGAACGAACGUGACCACGGACAAAAAGAUCUCAAUCCCGACCGGGAGCUACACGGUGAAGUAAAAGCUCUUUACUCUGAUCAGAUUAAAACAUUGAUGAAUGACUUCAAAAACAACCAAAAGACAAAAUAUAAAUAUCCAAUUGUAUUGGUUUAUUCUCAUUACAUACCCUGUGCGGGGGUACCACAAUUGGGCUACUCAUGCUCAGAAGAGCUGAUGAACUAUGCAAAAGGAAACAUAACUAAUUUUAUCAUGCUUGUAGCUUAUUCGACCACUUUUAAGAACACUAACGAAAAGAGAUCGUUCGAUUACAUGAGAAAAGGAGGAAUAAAUGCAUUUAUGCGUAUGCCUGAUGGUUCAUAUACCCAUACAUUAAAAGUUAACCCUUCAACCAGCAUAGAUGUCAUAACGAGAACAUUUCAAAGGGAAGCAUAUGUUUGUAUAUCAAAAUGUUUCACGAAUUAUCAAAAGGAUAGAGUGGCAAUCACAACAUAUUUCAUAAAUUAUUUAACAUACCAGUGUAUUUCUAAAUCAAGAGCCACCGGUCUGUUUACGGAAUUAUCAAAAAAUCAACUGAAAGCAUGUCUUAAAGAAAAACUUGAUAAAAACGUUGGAGACAACAGUGUACAGAGCAGUAAGAAAAACACAGAAUCGAUUCAAUAUACAAACUCAUAUUUUCAACUUUGUUUUAACCGGUCAAUCGAAGUUUCUCCUGGUUUGGGUAGACCACGUUCUAAUCUUGAUGAACCUGACUGGGAGCCGAGUCAGAAUCGUAACUGGAAUAAAAUCUACACUCUUCCUGGACCUAGGAGGAAUAAAGAUAAGCUGUCAAGAAUGGUGUGUGAAAACAAGAUUGACUCAAAGAAGUCACUUUUGGAAAAGAACAAAAAGCCGAGAAAUAAAUGGUAUGCGUCAAUGAAAUCAUGAAAAUUGCACAAGACUCACUCGAAAAAAGAUUAUGACUAUUAUGCAUUUGAACCUCUCAUGGGUGUAAUUUGAGCUGAAUAAAGAAUUUGAUAUAAAAGCAAUUGCACAUUUUACUAGAAGUUCAUUAGUCUUUUUAUUCUUAUUUAGUAAGAAGCAGGACAUUAACAUGCUCACAUGUUCAGGAUAGCUUUACAAUCAAGGAGGAUGAAACAGAUAUUCUCCUAGGGUGUAAAAUCAUUAAUAAGUUAAUAACCUAAGAUUUUUUUUCAAUAUUCCAGAUACUUACAAUUUUUUUUGCACACAAACAACCAGGAACAUAAUUUUAAUAUUAAAUUCUAAUUCUGUAGAACAUAUGAGAAUUAUUUUGCUCCUUUUUCAACAGUCAUUGGAACUGAUCCCAGGAGUCGGUUAGAAUUUUAAGUUCAUUGUUUCGUGUAUAUCACAAACACCUUCAUGCUACUUUAGCUUAUCCUUUCUUUAUCACAACACGAUUCGUUCUGUAGCAUUCUCAUUAACAACACAAAGUGUUCUUUAACAUUGUCACGAACAACACGAUGCGUUCUUUAGCAUUGUCACGAACAACACGAUGCAUUGUUUAGCAUUGUAACGAACAACAAGAUGCGUUCUGUAGCAUUGUCAUGAACACCAAAAUGCGUUCUGUAGCAUUGCCACGAACAAAAAGAUCAGUUCUGUAGCUUUGUCACGAACAACACGAUGUGUUUUUUUGCAUUGUCACGAACAACAAGAUGCGUUCUAUAGCAUUGUCAAGAACGACAAGAUUAGUUCUGUACACUGCUUUGUCACGAACAUCACGAUGUGUUCUUUAGCAUUGUCACGAACAACAAGAUGCGUUCUAUAGCAUUGUCACGAAUUGCACUUACAGUCAUAGCUGUUGUGUUUAUAUAGUUGUGCAGCAUAAGUGACUUUAUGGUACAAUGAAACUAAGACUGAAUUUUAAUUGUAUUCAGUCUUGUGUUAUCAUGUGUUGUAAAUUUUAGAAAUAUGUAGAAAUUAGUUAUGUAAGGUACAUAUGUGAUUAUCUAACUUGAAACUCUUUUGGAAUUUUGUAUUUGAUAAGGGGGCGCUACUCCAAGCACAUGUUUUAAUAUCCAGUCUCUUUUCCGAAUUAGCUGCCAAAGGAAGAACACACAGAAAUUUGGUGAUAUUCACUUUCAUAUGAUAUUUUUAAUCUCCUCCCCCUUACCCUUCUUCCACCUUGAAAAGAGGUUUGUUAAUUGUUGAAUGGAAUAAGGACAAUAAGAGUGGUAUCUGGGGCGGUAUCCGCUCCCAAAAGUUGAAAUGUUACACUAUUAUUAACAAAUUUAUAGUCAAGGGGACUCUUAGUUGAUUGACUUUUCAAAAAAUUCUAUUUCAAUAAUUGAUGGCAUUUGUCUUUUCAUUUAUUACAUAAUAUGCUCAUUGGUUCAGACCUUAAUGAAAGUAUUAUAUAUUUAAAUUCAUAAUUGGUACUUAUAAUUGUAGUAUAUACUAGAACACACCCGUGAUUAAUUAUUUGAAAAACAAAAGGUCCUGGAAUGGAGUAUUUUUUAAUCAACAGCAUUGUCCUAUAUAUUAGUUAUUAAAUAAAGUUGAAUUCUUUGAUUCGCUGUUUUACGUCAUGCACGCUAACAAAUUAAAAACUGUACCUUUACGCCUUAUUUUUUAGUCCAGUUUUUUAGUAUUCUUAUUG